CUUCACAUUGUGUAUAUGGGUUCACUUCCUAAGACACCAUCAUAUUCUCCAACCUCUCACCAUCUUAGCAUGCUGCAAAGAGUCUUUGAUAGUAGUGAUCCAACAAAAUUCUUGGUACAUAGUUACAAAAGAACCUUCAAUGGUUUUGCUGCAUUGCUAACGGACCAACAAAGGGACAAGCUAACAAAAAUGGAAGGUGUUAUCUCAGUUUUCCCAAGCAAAACUCUUCAAAAACACACCACAAGAUCUUGGGACUUCAUGGGUUUUCCUCAAUCAGUCAAAAGAAACCCAACUACUGAGAGUGACAUUGUGAUUGGAGUUAUUGACACUGGCAUUUGGCUAGAAUCAGAGAGUUUCAAUGAUCUUGGUUUUGGUCCCAUUCCCCCAAAAUGGAAAGGUACUUGUGCAGGUGGCAAGAACUUCACUUGCAACAAGAAGAUCAUUGGAGCAAGGUACUAUGAGAGUGAGUCUGCUAUAGACACUGAUGGACAUGGAAGCCACACAGCAUCAACAGCAGCAGGGAACCAAGUCAAAGAUGCGAGUUUUUAUGGACUUGCACAAGGAAUUGCAAGAGGAGGGGUUCCAUCAGCAAGAGUUGCUGCAUAUAAAGCAUGUUCUGUAAAAUGCUCUGAAGCUAGUGUGCUAGCUGCUUUUGAUGAUGCCAUAGCUGAUGGAGUUGACAUCAUUUCAAUUUCAUUAGGACCUCAUACUGCAUCCAAAUUUGAGGAAGAUGCUGUUUCAAUUGGUGGAUUUCAUGCCAUGGGAAAAGGGAUUCUCACAGUGCACUCUGCAGGAAACGAUGGUCCUUGGCCAAGCUCAACUUCAAGUGUAGCACCAUGGGUGCUAAGUGUCGCAGCGAGCACCAUUGACCGUGAUUUCAUUGCGAAGCUCGUGCUUGGGAAUGGGAAAACAUUCACUGGGAAAUCAUUCAACACUUUCUCAACAAAUAAAGUUCCCAUUGCGGGACUUUUUUCUAACUCAGUUGAGUCUGUAAAAGGAUAUUUAGCUUUGUCUGGCGAUAUUGAUAGUGAAGAUGAAGCAUAUUUUCAAGGGGCAAUUGGUGUGAUCAAGAAGAGACAUACUGAACAUGAUAUAGCAGUGGUUACUACAAUACCUUCUGUGGCAUUGAGUUCCAAUGACUAUGAUUCUGUGGAAUCCUACAAAAAUACAACAACAGAUCCAACAGGAGAAAUGCUCAAGAGUGAGACAGUUAAAAAUGAUGUUGCCCCUUAUGUAGCAAUUUUUUCUUCGCGCGGGCCUAAUAUCAAAGUUCCUGAAAUUUUGAAACCAGAUAUUACUGGCCCUGGUGUGGAAAUCUUAGCUGCAUAUUCACCCUUGGAUUCACCCUCAGGUAGGAAUUUUGACAAAAGAUCAGUGAAAUAUAACAUAAUAUCUGGAACUUCAAUGGCAUGUCCACAUGUUUCUGGAAUCGCGGCGUAUGUGAAAACUUUUCACUUGGAUUGGUCACCCGCCGCAAUCAAAUCUGCGAUCAUGACUUCAGCAAAGCCCAUGAAUGGUUCUAAUUCUAGUGAUUCAAUUGGCGAAUAUGCUUAUGGAUCAGGGCAUGUGAACCCUGUGCAAGCUGUUGAUCCUGGCCUUGUUUAUGACAUUCAUAAGGAGGAUUAUGUACAAUUGUUGUGCAAUUUGGGAUAUGAUAACAAAACAAUCCAAAUCAUAUCUGGUGAAAAUUAUACCCUUUGCUCUGAAGCUCCUGAUAGAUCUUCAGUGAGAAAUCUUAAUUAUCCUGCACUUGUUGCUCAAGUUGAGCCUAUGACAUCUUUAAGUGUUGUCUUUAAUAGAACAGUCACAAAUGUUGGGUUAGCAACCUCAAAUUACACAGCAAGUGUGUUGCCAAAUCCAAGAAUGAAUGUGACGGUGGAACCAGAGAUUUUGUCCUUCAAAUCAUUGAAUGAGAACAAGUCUUUUGUUGUCAACAUCAAUGGUGGGAAAGUGACAAAGGGAGAUGUGCUCAUCUCAUCAUUGGUUUGGUCAGAUGGCAUCCAUGAUGUGCGGAGUCCAAUAAUUGUGAAUGUUUCUAGUUAAUAUUCUAAAGCUUUUCUUGGUAAUAAAAUUUUGAUUUAUGUUAUGAAAUUCUAAUAUUGAGCAUUUUAUUUUUAUGAUAACUCAUGAAGAUUAAAUAAGUGUGGUUUAGUUAAUUUCUUUUUCUUUUUUAUUUUGUAUGUUUUUUUAUUACAAUUUUCAUUUUUCCUUUUUCUUGUUACAUCAGAUAUUUGUUUCUU